AUGUUUCAAGAGAUUCUGAAUAGGGUAUAUGACGUUGUUGGAUGUGAUCGUAUGUAUGUGGAACUGAAAUUGUUUAUGAGAUAUCCGAUGCCGGGAAAAUAUGUGCCAAUUGCACUAGAGGAUGACGAGUCACUGAGUGCUAUGUGGCUUUCAGUGACACAAACGUCAGCCAUGGCAAUGGAGGAGCAUGUGGAUUCUGAUAGGGAUGAGGAUGAUGAUGCAAGGAACAAUGACAAGGCAAUAAAGGCUGGUGUUCCUUCACAAGAUUGGCUUAGAGUUGACGAAGUUGAUCAAAGGACAAGAGUUGCCUCAUUGCAGCAAUUAAAGAAUUUUGUGAAAGCAUGGUCGAUCUCUAGAAACCAGAUGUUUCGGGUGUUAGAGUCAGAGCCCACAAAGUAUGUCAUUGAAUGUGCCAGAAAGGAAGUGUGUCACUGUCCAUGGAGGUUGCGUGCAAUCAUGACUAAGUCGUUCUCAUUCAAAAUUGUACGAUAUGUUGGUCCACAUGCAAGCAAUUGUUUGGGAGACAUAACAUGUGGAGACCAUCCUCUCAUUUCAUCAGAUUUCGUUGCUGAUCUUAUCGAGGAUUUCAUUAGGACUGAUCCUUCAUUCAAAGUUCAGUCCAUCCUUACUUUUGUGAAGAACCAAUAUCAAUUUUCAAUAACAUAUAAGAGAGCUUGGUUAGCAAAACAAAAGGCAAUAAGCAAUAUUUUUGGUGAUUGGGAUAAGUCGUAUCAAGAGUUACCAGAUGGUACUCACUUGUACGGGAAAUACAAAGGCAAAUUAUUGAUUGCUAUGGGAACAGAUGCUAAUUUCCAGCUAUUCCCACUUGCCUUUGCUGUUGUGGAGGAAGAAAGCACGGAGGACUGGUCUUGGUUUUUAGCUUGCAUUAGACGUUCUGUCACAGAUAGAAAGGAUUUGUGUGUCAUCUCUGAUCGUCAUAGGGGUAUCCUUGCAGCUAUGAACGAGCCUUAA